AUGAGCGACAGUGCAGCUGCCGAAACGGCUCCUCCAGCCUCCGCCAGCACCAAACCCAAGGCUCCCAAGAAGAAGAAGGCGGCGGCCCCCAGGAAAAAACCAGCCGGUCCCGGGCUGGGCGAGCGGAUUGUGAAGAUUGUCGGGGAGAACAGCGAUCGGAAGGGGACGUCUCUGGCCGCUAUAAAGAAGGCGCUGCAGAGAAGCGGGGUCAAUGUGGAGAAGCAGAAUGCACAGAUCAGGAUGGCUACCAAGAGGUGCCUGGCGAAAGGCUCCCUGGUUCUGGUGAAGGGCCAGGGCGUCUCCGGCUCCUUCAAACUCCCAAAGAAUCAGGUCAAGGCAAAAGUGGGAAAGAAGGCGAGACCCGCAGCAGCCGCCAAGAAAGCAGCUGUGAAGAAAACAACGGCCAAGAAGGUGGCAGCGAAGAAAUCCCCAGCCAAGAAAGCAACAGGAAAGAAAGCGGCCGCCAAGAAGGCAGCAACGCCAAAGAAAGCGGCGAAGAAAGCAGCGCCUCAGAAAAAGACUCCCGUGAAGAAGGUGAAAAAGACCAAGAGCCCCAAGGCCGCAAAACCGGCCCCGAAAUCGGCAAAAUACUUGAAGAAACCAGUUGAUGCAAUAUUUCCUCGGUACAAAGCCGAGUGUGUGCAGUUGCUUCCAACUAACAGCAGGCACGUUCCUGUGAUCAAAAUGGAGAAUAUCUUUCCCAUAGUCAGAGCGGAUUGAAUCAGACUUACAUUGAGGUCAAUUUCCAGAGACUUGACCAAGGAAACAACCACCCAAUCCCAACUGAGAAAAGAUCAAUCUACCAGGACCUGAAUGAUAACUACACUUGCAUAUCCACAUCGUAGCAACAGAGAAGAUCAGAUUGUUAAUAACACUCCAGUUUCACAGUGUAACUUCACAGGUCCAAUUUUA